CCGAAACGGAAAGUCGCACACAGGAUAUGUGCUGAUUCCUGUAAUUUAAAAGUUAAAUCAGUGAAGUUCCGACAACUUUAAAAAAUCUGUGUCUCAUUCCACCGCGGUGCCCCAAGUAAAAAAAAGCUAACAUCAAUAGCUGGCGUUAUUUUGAAGAGUAUAUACGUUUCAAAGGGUCUCAUCACAUUCAAGACAGCUCUCCUCUACAGACACUCUUUAAACCAAAACCCAUCAAUAUUCUUAAGCUGAGAACAUAAAAUGCCCAUUUUCGAGUGAAUAUCAGUACCCUCAAGGCAGGAACUGAGUGCAAAAAUGUAUUUCGCGGUUUUCCUAGAAGUUGAAGCUUCGUGAAAGCUAUCGCAGUCGGACAAGAGAUGAUGCGAUGUUACUUUUGAGUGAAACGGUGGAGCUCUUAACUGCAUUUGUGGCGUUUUUAUCAGCUAUCCAUACGGGGGCGGCAAACAUAGAUUGUUUCAAGUGCGUCUCCGUGAACUGGGACAACCCGGCUUGCGACGAUCCGUUUCACAACAACUACACUCUUGACAUCUUGGAGUCACCCUGCAUGGGCGGAAGGAAAGGGCGCAAUGGCGUAUUUCCGGCCACGGCUUGUAUUAAGAUGACUGGAUACUACGAUGACACCGGAGAUCACAUCACGGUUAGACACUGCGCGCUGGACAGUGGCACUUUAACCACAGACACGGAGCUCAUUAGGAUGUCACAUUGUGGAGGUUUUUACUUCGAUGACAGAUACGUGCGGGGAUGCCUGCAGAGCUGCAUGGACACGGACGCGUGCAAUUCUGGACCGGUUGACUUUGAUGUUCCCACCGAUUUACUUUUGAUGGGAUUAACAACUGCCACUCUUUAUACUUCACUAUUGCCUCAUCGAUCUUUUGUUAACUGCUGUUCAUAGUUGGUCACCUCGUCCAACCCGCCAAAGGACCUGCCAUCUCUGAC